UGAGUUUUUGUGUUUGUUCAGUGUGUGUGCAAGCUAUCUGAUCAAUCUGGCACCAAAGCAGUUGAUAUAUAUGUGCGGUACAUCCGCGUUGCGUAAGAGGUUUUCCUGAACCGUUGUAUGGUUCUCUGUAAAGAAAUCAAGACUUUAACACCACACGCCACUCUGUAUGGCUGCCAACUGGCCGUCUUGCAUUCCUCCAGAAGACGCAAAAACAUGAUGUUUUUCGCUUGACCAACAAAUGAUUAAAAAGAGGAUGGCGGCAGUGGGAACUUGGUCUUUCUCGCAGCCUGCAGUAGAGAGAAUGCGAAGUAUGAUUUUAGCUGGUCAGAAUGCCACUGAUGUAGUGGAGCAGGCACUGGCAGAGGUUGAGGAUGAUAAGGAGACAGGACGUCACAUCGUGGGAAGAGGAGGGUUUCCUAAUAACCGGGGUGUAUUAGAAUGCGAUGCGGCGAUUAUGGAGGGAGUACCGGGGAGAUUCGGUGCUGUUGCUGCGUUACGAGGGGUAGGAAUGCCAUGUCGUGUGGCUCGUAAGGUGAUGGAGAAAAGCAACCACAGUCUGCUGGUGGGAGAGGGAGCUCUGGCCUUUGCUGUAGAACAGGGCUUCAGUGUGGAACCCAAUGAAAAUCUGCUGACAGCUAGUUCUCUCACUGCCUAUCAGGAAUUUUUAGAGAAGAAUAGGACAAUGAGAGGACAUGAUACAAUAGGCCUCAUCGCGCUGGACCUCAUGGGAAACAUUACAGUGGGAGUUUCCACUUCUGGAGUCCCAUUCAAGUCCCCAGGGCGGGUGGGAGACUCUCCCCUGCCAGGCAGCGGCCUGUAUGCUGACCAUACGGUUGGAGCUGCAGCAGCUACAGGAGAUGGGGAUAAAAUCAUGUGCUACUGCCCAAGUUUCCAUGUUGUCCAACUCAUGAGACAGGGCUUCUCUCCCAAAGAGGCGUGUCGUAGAGUCCUUGCUGACAUCACACAGAGAACAGGCCAGGACAAAUGCUUUGAGAUUGGACUUAUUGCUUUGAACACGAAGGGAGAGGUGGGCGCUGUUUCCUCAGUGGAGUUCCCUUACACAUCCUGGACCCAGAAGGCUGAUUCAGUGGAGAGACAGAUUUCCUCUCCAUAGAUUAUAUUAUUUCUUCAGACUCAGCCCUUCUGUACUUGUUUUACA